UGUUGUUCCGGGUGCUUUCACAGCUAGCUGGGUACAGCUGCUAACCUAGUGGGCCUUUGAGCCAGAAAAAGUUAUUUAUCCAUCGUUACUUACCACAGAGGAAUAAAAUUAAUCGAUACUUUUGUGAUUUUCAGUGUGUAGAGACAGAAUGAAUCGCAUUUUUGGUCGGGGUAAACCUAAAGCGCCACCACCAAACCUCACGGACUGCAUAGGCAAUGUUGACUCAAGGGCGGAAUCUAUUGAUAAAAAGAUUGCCAGACUGGAUGCAGAACUGAUGAAAUACAAGGAUCAGAUGAAAAAGAUGAGAGAAGGCCCUUCAAAAAACAUGGUUAAACAGAAGGCAAUGAGGGUGCUGAAGCAAAAGAGAAUGUAUGAGGGCCAGAGAGAUAACCUUGCACAGCAGUCUUUUAACAUGGAACAAGCAAACUACACAAUCCAGACGCUGAAGGACACAAAGACAACAGUUGAAGCUAUGAAAAUUGGAGCCAAGGAAAUGAAAAAGGCCUACAAAAAUGUGAAAAUAGAUCAGAUUGAGGACUUGCAAGAUCAGCUGGAGGACAUGAUGGAGGAUGCCAAUGAGGUACAGGAGGCCCUGAGCCGCAGCUAUGGAACUCCUGACAUCGAUGAGGACGACUUGGAAGCUGAGCUGGAUGCCCUUGGAGAUGAGCUGCUGUUGGACGAUGACAGCUCCUACCUGGAUGAGGCUUCUUCUGCACCUGCCAUUCCAGAAGGACUCCCUGGCGAAAGCAAGACAAACAAGGACGGUGUUCUUGUGGAUGAGUUUGGCCUGCCUCAGAUUCCUGCUACAUGAGAAGCAAGACAAAAAUCAAAAAGCAGCACUCCAAAAACACUUUUCUAUGUAAUAUAGCAUUUAUAUAAUCCAUUUAGAAAUUUUGCCUGUAAAUUCAAUCAUGUCAAUCCAUCUGAAACUGUAUGGCAGCAUAUCAGAGUAGUCUCAGUUCACACUUUGAUUGCUACUACCGUGCAACCAUGUGGUUUUGUAACUUAUUUUGUUACUGCUGUUCUGUUGAACUUGAACAGAACAAACCUCUUGAGCUAGAUGAUGAAGCUACAGAUAAUUUCUUUAACUGGUUGAUUUAAUUCAGUGAGAUGUUUAGCCCGUUUGAAUUUAAUUAAAAUGUA